GCCCGCAGUCUCUCUUGCAGCUUUGCUGACUUAGAGCACUGCACACCUAGGAGCUGCUUCCCGACGGUGCGGUGCAGCGCAGCAGCCCAGGGGCCCAGCGUUCCUGCCGCGCAGCCCCUCCGUCGCGGGUCCCCUCCCUCGGGGCUGAUCAUUAACUCAAAAGCAGUAUAAGGAGUGAGUGGCCCCGGUGAGCCGGUGAGCCGGAGGGACUCGUCGCCACCGCCAUGGACAGUAGCACCUUGAGCCCCGCUGUUACUGCCACCGAUGCACCCAUCCAGUCCUAUGAGCGCAUUCGCAAUGCGGCUGACAUAUCAGUCAUCGUCAUCUACUUCGUGGUGGUGAUGGCUGUCGGGCUGUGGGCCAUGUUUUCCACUAACCGUGGGACUGUUGGAGGCUUCUUCCUGGCAGGCCGAAGUAUGGUGUGGUGGCCGAUUGGAGCCUCUCUCUUUGCCAGUAACAUCGGAAGUGGUCACUUUGUGGGGCUGGCAGGCACAGGAGCAGCCGCAGGCAUUGCCAUGGGUGGCUUUGAAUGGAACGCCUUGGUGUUCGUGGUCGUGCUGGGGUGGCUUUUUGUCCCUAUUUACAUCAAGGCUGGGGUGGUGACGAUGCCGGAGUAUCUGCGGAAGCGAUUUGGAGGCAAGCGGAUCCAGAUCUACCUUUCCGUUCUGUCCCUGCUCCUCUACAUCUUUACCAAGAUCUCAGCAGACAUCUUCUCUGGGGCUAUAUUCAUCAAUCUGGCCUUGGGCCUGGAUAUAUACCUGGCCAUUUUCAUCUUGCUGGCCAUCACCGCCCUUUACACCAUCACAGGGGGACUGGCAGCUGUAAUUUACACGGACACCUUGCAGACUGCGAUCAUGCUGGUGGGAUCUUUUAUCCUGACUGGGUUUGCUUUCCGCGAAGUAGGAGGGUAUGAGGCCUUCAUGGAUAAGUACAUGAAAGCUAUUCCAACUUUGGUUUCUGAUGGAAACAUAACCGUCAAAGAAGAAUGUUACACACCCAGGGCCGACUCGUUCCACAUAUUCCGAGACCCCAUUACGGGGGACAUGCCGUGGCCUGGGCUCAUCUUCGGCCUGUCCAUCCUCGCCCUGUGGUACUGGUGCACGGAUCAGGUCAUUGUGCAGCGAUGCCUCUCAGCCAAGAACAUGUCUCACGUGAAGGCUGGCUGUACCCUGUGUGGCUAUCUGAAGCUACUGCCUAUGUUCCUCAUGGUGAUGCCCGGAAUGAUCAGCCGGAUUCUAUACACAGAAAAAAUCGCCUGUGUCCUCCCCUCAGAAUGUAAGAAAUACUGCGGCACCCCGGUGGGCUGUACCAACAUCGCCUACCCCACACUGGUGGUGGAACUCAUGCCUAACGGACUGCGAGGCCUGAUGCUGUCUGUCAUGAUGGCUUCCCUCAUGAGCUCCUUGACCUCCAUCUUCAACAGCGCCAGCACUCUCUUCACCAUGGACAUCUACACCAAGAUCCGGAAGGGAGCAUCCGAGAAGGAGCUCAUGAUUGCAGGAAGGUUGUUCAUCCUCGUGCUGAUCGGCGUCAGCAUUGCCUGGGUGCCCAUUGUGCAGUCUGCUCAAAGCGGGCAGCUCUUUGACUACAUCCAGUCCAUCACCAGUUACCUGGGGCCGCCCAUUGCAGCCGUCUUCCUGCUGGCUAUUUUCUGCAAGAGAGUCAAUGAACCGGGAGCCUUCUGGGGACUGAUUCUCGGCUUCCUGAUUGGAAUCUCCCGUAUGAUCACCGAGUUCGCCUACGGAACCGGAAGCUGCAUGGAGCCCAGCAACUGCCCCAAGAUCAUCUGCGGGGUCCACUAUCUGUACUUUGCCAUCAUCCUCUUCGCCAUCAGCGUCGUCACCGUCUUGGUCAUCUCCCUCCUCACCAAGCCCAUCCCAGACGUGCACCUGUACCGUCUGUGCUGGAGUCUACGUAACAGCACAGAAGAGCGCAUCGACCUGGAUGCAGGAGAGGAGGAGCCCGUCGAGGAGGACCCUAAAGAUACCAUUGAAAUAGACGCAGAAGUCCCCCAGAAGGAGAAGGGGUGCUUCAGGAAGGCAUACGACCUGUUCUGUGGGCUGGACCAGGAAAAAGGACCGAAGAUGACUAAGGAAGAGGAGGAAGCUAUGAAGCUGAAGAUGACGGACACUUCCGAGAAGCCCUUGUGGAGGACAGUGGUGAACAUCAACGGCAUCAUCCUCCUGGCAGUGGCUGUCUUCUGCCACGCCUAUUUUGCCUGAACCCCGCCUUCUGGGGUAGACUUGGCGACUCUGGAGUUAUUAUUUCCCACUAGACCCCGCCACUCUGUAGUGGUAAGGGGAAACCGGCCAGUUGUAAAUUUUACUCAUUUGGAUAAAAGAUGUAUAAGUGUGAUUGUAGGCCUGCUUGAGGAAAAUGAUUACCCUGCUGUGAAUUUAUGCCUGUGAAGUCAGUGUGCCCCACUCGUCCGUCACACCAGAGCUUUGGAGUGACGUUGACUCAGAUGUAGAAA